GCCGGAAGCAGGACGUCAACACCUAGAAAUCAACCGGUGGACAUAUGCAGAGAGCACAGGGUUAUGGUGUGGACGUGAAAUGCCAAGGGGAUACGGUGUCUGCCCAGAGCCUACUAACCAAUAGCCUCUAAACACGGAUAAAGACAUCAACAAAAGAUGUGCCCCAAUGCUGACCCUAUAUCCCCAAAGUCUCUAUGACCAAACUUCAAAUCGGACUGCAACUUGGGUGUAGGUCUACCUACCUAAGCUCAUUUACAACACUUCUCAACCAACCAGCUCUAAACAAAUAAGCUCUGCACCUCUGAAACCCAAGAUGGCUACUAGACAAAGUGCCCUAACUGCUGCAGUGGUUACCCUGUUGGGAGCCACCUUGGGUGGCCUGUUGCUAUGGCGACAGAGAGCCCUACGGACAAAGAAGCAACAGCUUCCUGCUCAGGGUCUGAAGGGUCAGGUAAGGGUCAGCUCUUGUCCCUUACCUGUGGAACCAGAGCCUGUGGUUCUGGAGUGUAAGAAGCCAGUGGAGUCCCAAAUCCAGUCUAAGCAGACCCAGCUAUCCCCGGGUCAGAGUCUGGUCCUCUCCCUGCCUGCUGUGCUACCCCCUGUUGACCAAGCCCUGGCGGUGCAGCCGGUGAUGGUAAGCUCUGAGAAGGAGUGGGAGCAGCUGUGGCCCAUGCUGCAGAAGGAUCUGUCAGUCUACCCCGUCCUCGGCCUGGACUGUGAAUGGGUGAAGAGUCAAACUAAGGUCCUGGGUGUGUCAGUGAAGGGUAAGACGUCAACGGUCUCUUUACUCCAGAUGGCUUCCUACUCUGGUCUGUGUGUGUUGGUGAGGCUGCAGCAGUUCCAUGGUGGCCAGCAGGACCUGCCACUUACCCUGAAAGAGGUCCUCAGCGACCCUCACAUCCUGAAGGUGGGUGUGGGCUGCUAUGAGGACGGGAAGCGURUGACACGAGACUAUGGCCUGGCGCUGGGGUCUACUGUGGAUAUAAGAUACCUUGCACUACGACAAAGGUACCAUUUACUAGUUGUUCUGUCUAUUUUUAAUCAUUUCCUCUCAGAAUUGACUGGCACAUACAGGCUGAGUCUGAAGUCUCUGGCAGCUGACCUGCUCAACGUCUCUCUGGAGAAAUCCUUGGAGCUGCGCUGUAGUGACUGGGAGGCUGACCCGCUGACCCUACAACAGGUACACUACUGUGUGCAGAGUGGAGAGCAUCCGUUCAAUCGUGCGUCUCUUGUUCUGAGCCGUGGUGACGUCAGAGUCCCAGCAGGACUACUACCUGACUGCAAGGAGAACGCUGUGUGUGGUGUGUGGCAAGAACGAUCUUAUAUGCAGGUGAGGGGAACCUGUGGCAGAACGACUCUUAUAUCAGGUGAGGAGAACCUGUGUCGUGGCAAGAAAGACUCUUAUAUAGGUGAGGGGAACUGUGGCAAGAACGACUCUUAUAUCAGACCACAAUCCAUAGACAUCUUGCUGCUGUGUACUUCCUGUCAGCUCGCCUGCAAUGUCCACGAUGGCUUCCUGAAGCAGCAGCUGGCUGAUGAACACGCCUGCCCCCAGGUAGGGGCCGGGAGGCCGUGCCCUCCUGACUGGCGGGGGAGGGGCCUCCUGGGACCCGGAGAGACGAGCGGCAGGACAGUCAUCAGGAGUUUCUUCAACGACCCCGGCGGGGAGCUGACGACAGACACCCUGCAGAGUGCUGCUGGACUGGAGACACGGAUCUUCAAUGAGAGUUACGUUCCCCACGGGCUGAAGGUGGUGCAGGCGCACGCCAAGCAGGGUCUGAAGGGGUUAAUGGGCCUGGAACGCCACUGGAGGCAGCACUUCCUGUCUACCAUGACACCGCGCUACCUCCCUCCUCUCUGGUCGGUCAGCCACAAUCACAGCAAGUUCCUACGCAAAUACGGCGAGGAUCUCCUCAUCCAGCUCAACUGAACUACAGUCUGCUUUUUUAACCUGAAAGGCCCAGGCAGUUUGGCAUGACAAGGAGUCUAAUGAAAUGGAUUGGUACCCAGGCUCCAUCUCUCUCGUUCUCGUUCUCUCUCGCUCUAUUUGUCCAUCAGCUUCUCUGGAUCACCGUUUUAGUAGUUWAAACAGAAGCUACAUUAUCGACACUGGAGCCCAGAGAGCUGACCGACUACGGUGUCUGACGGUAGUCUCACCUACGGCUGUGACGAGGYAGUCUGUCACCCUGUUCCUAUAUGGUGGCAUACAUGUUGAGUGUCAGACAUAGAGACUUGGAUAGACUUAUGGAUCGAGCAGGCUUUUAUGGACCUCGCUUGAACUCAAAACGUCCCAUACAGGCCCUCCAAUGAACUGGAGCCAGAGACUAGCAGAGACCAUUGGCUGAAAUGGUACCCCUCUUCUUUAUAAAGGGCAGUACUUUAGACCAGGGCCCACAGGGAUCCACCAUAUAGUGUCUAGAGCCAUUUCAGGUACGACCUAGCUGGAGCCUGAGGAGAUGGACUAGAUCGCCUUGGUUCUGACAGAGGUACGACCUAGCUGGAGCCUGAGAAGAUGGACAAGACCGCCUUGGUUCUGACAGGUAAAAUAAGUCCAGUAUGAAGAACACCAUCCUGGUCCAAUGCUGCAGGAUUCAUGAUGAAAUUAUAUUGCAUAUGGACACUUUUUUUUAACCAACACUGUGGUUUGGUUUCCCAGACAGAUUGACUUGUCCUGGUCUUAAACAACCAUUUAAAUGGAGAUUCUCUCCAGGACUAGAUUUAAUCUGGRACCAGGAAACCAGCCCUAUGUAUAAUCAAUAUAUAAAAAAUUUGAAAUGUGGUUUUCACCAAUUUCAGAAAAUCAUGUAUUUUAGACUACACUGAAACCUGCUCUUAAUUGUCAUUAAAAUAUAAAUAAUAAUUUCCCCCUGCAGGUUUUCAGCCCUAAUGAUCAUUCCUAUGCAGUUGUGUAUGUGCAGAAGUCAACGGUUUGCUUUGCGAAAGGUAACUGUAAUUCGACGACACGUUUUUGAGGUUCCCAUCGUUGUUUAUCUUCAACAGAUCAGACAUUAUGAUAUGACCACCRGCCAUUGGAUGUGUCGCAAAUGACACUACUUUUGAACAGAACCCAUAAGGCAGUGCGUUUUUUAUAUAUAUAUAUAUAGUGAUUUAAGGCUCCAUUUCAGUCACAGCCAUUCUCAGGUUCAGUAGGACAAUGUCGAGCGUAGAACGGUUGGCUUGGCGACGUGACAUCACUUCCUCCUGUACUGUCUGGAUGCAUCCCAUAUUGCACCCUAUUCUCUACAUGGUGCACUACUUUACAUCAGAGCCCUUUUGGGUAGUGCACUACAUGGGAUACAUCCCAUAUUGCACAUUAUUCUCUACAUGGUGCACUACUUUACAUCAGAGCCCUUUUGGGUAGUGCACUACAUGGGGUACAUCCCAUAUUGCACAUUAUUCUCUACAUGGUGCACUACUUUACAUCAGAGCCCUUUUGGGUAGUGCACUACAUGGGAUACAUCCCAAUGGCACCCUAUUCCCUAUGUUGGUCAUGGAUGUGUUCUGUCUGUCUCUCUAAUCAGGACACCUCAUGUCACAUGUUUUAGUGUGACUCUUCCCCUCGUUAGAAGAGACUAAAAUCAGGACAUCUUCAUUCCUCUAACAACAGUUCCAUUCCAACCCCCCCCCCCCCCCUAAUCGUUUCACAUUGAGAUAAGGACCAGCUUGUAUGUAUAGGUAGCCUGAGAGUGAUUAGAUUCAUUGGUUAG